AUGGAUCGUCUAGUGAUCUUCCUCGGAUACAUAAACGAUACAGAGAACGACACGUGGCCAACGUCAAAUGACACGAACUUCAGCCGUCACCAUCACGGAAACGUUGUGGACGAACCCGGCUUUAGACACGAUGACCUUUACGAAGUUCCGUUGGAUGUUAUCAUCAUCUUGUCGUUCUGCUAUGGUACAGUGUCUCUAUUGUCCGUUGUGGGUAACAUGAUGGUGCUUUAUAUCGUCGCGUCGUCUAGGAGGAUGCAAACGGUAACUAACUACUUCAUCGCCAACUUGGCGGUCGCCGAUAUUAUCAUCGGUGCGUUUGCGAUUCCGUUUCAGUUCCAGGCCGCCCUUCUUCAGCGCUGGCUGUUGCCGAACUUCAUGUGCCCGUUUUGUCCUUACGUACAAGUGCUGUCUGUGAGCGUCUCGAUCUUUACUCUCGUUGCCAUCGCUGUGGAUAGGUAUCGUGCUGUGAUGUCACCCCUCAAGGCACGGACUUGCACGAAACUCAAUGCGAAGAUGCUCAUUCUGUUGAUAUGGAUAGUGUCUUGCGUGGCGGCCUCCCCCAAUGCUGCAGCGUUGAGGGUGACAAUGAUCAGGGACGGAGAUACGGGCAACGUGGACCGACCGUUCUGCCACAAUGCAUUGUGGGACCCGUUCGCGUGGAAAGUGUACAAUCACGGACUUGUGUGUGUGCAAUAUUUUCUCCCGCUCAUUGCGGUCUGUUACACGUACGGGAAAAUCCUGAGAAGACUGAGGAGGUCCCGAGCGCCGGGCAACACAGAGAUCGUGAGGGAUGCCAACAUACUCAGAAACAAGCGAAAGGUUAUCAAGAUGAUGGCUGUGCUUGUAACCACGUUCGCCAUGUGCUGGCUACCGUACCAAUCUUACAACUUGCUCAGUGAUCUGUAUCCAGAAAUCAACACGUACCGGUACAUCAAUGUUAUUUGGUUUUCCUGCCACUGGCUAGCCAUGAGCAAUUCGUGUUACAAUCCAUUCAUCUACGCCAUCUACAGUGAAAAGUUCAGCGCUGAAUUCAAGUCGAGAGUAAGGUGUUUCCUGAAGAGAAGACUCGAAGACAGCGCAUAUUUCCCAACAUCCAUGGCCACACAGACCUCUCUGAGGAUGCACCUGAGUAAAGAACGAGGAUGA